AUAAUUAUACAAAAGUAAAGCCACAAAUUCACCCGCGUAUCUAAACGAACACCUCAGAUCUAUUUAGGUUCUUGCGCGCUAACGUGCGCCAACUUCCAUCACUUCUGUCCGCCAUGGCCGCACGAGACGACCACCACCAUAACCACGUAAAGAAAAUCCCUCUCUUCCCUCUCCUCUCUCUUCUCUGCUUCGCUUCCAUCUUCCUCGUCCUCUCUCUCUCCAGGAAAACCUCCUCCAAUCCUUUACUCUCCCACCAGAGCUUCCAAUUCGGACAAAACCCUGUAACCGACCCCCGUGUGGCCCUGAGUGGAUCCUGCGACUACUCGGACGGGGUGUGGAUCUACGACCACGAGCCGAGGCCGGCGAGGUAUGAUGGCUCGUGCAAGGAGAUAUUCAAGGGCUGGAAUUGCAUUUCCAACAACAAAUCCAACGGUUGGGAACUCACCAAGUGGCGGUGGAAGCCCCGUCGCUGUGACCUCCCGCUGUUCGAUCCCGUUUACUUUCUUGAGAAGUACAGCAACACCAACAUCGGGUUUGUUGGGGAUUCCUUAAAUAGAAACAUGUUCGUUUCUCUGUUCUGCACUCUGAAACGUGUUUCCAGUGAAGUGAAGAAGUGGCGGCCAGCUGGUGCUGAUCGUGGAUUUACUUUUCUUCACCAUAAUCUUACCAUCGCAUAUCACCGCACAAAUCUUUUGGCUAGCUACGGUAGGUGGUCGGCUAAUGCUAAUGGUGGUAUGUUGGAAUCUCUUGGAUUUAAAGAGGGUUUUAGAGUCGAUGUUGAUGUUCCAGAAGACACGUGGGCAGGGGCACCAGCCUUCCAUGAUAUUCUGAUUUUUAACACAGGACACUGGUGGUGGGCUCCUUCAAAAUUUGACCCUGUGAAGUCACCCAUGCUUUUCUUCAAGAAGGGUCUCCCUGUCAUACCUCCAAUACCACCUGAUGUUGGCCUGGAUAUGGUUUUAAAGCACAUGGUCCUAUUCAUAGAGAAAAAUUUGCGACCUGGUGCUAUCAAAUUCUUUCGUACACAAUCACCUAGACAUUUUGAGGGAGGUGACUGGAACCAAGGUGGUACUUGUCAGCGGCUACGGCCUUUGUCGCCAGAGCAGGUUGAAGGACUCUUCUCUCUCAAGAAUAAUGGAACAAAUGUGGAGGCACGUCUAGUGAAUCACCACCUAAAGAAAGCCCUUGAACAGUCUGGUUUCCAUAUUUUGGACAUAACACACAUGAGUGAGGUUAGAGCAGAUGCCCACCCAUCCACAUCUGGCGGAAAAAAACAUGAUGAUUGUAUGCACUGGUGCUUACCAGGAAUUACUGAUACUUGGAAUGACCUGUUCAUGAAGCAUCUAAACAAUAUUAAGUUUAGAGAUUGAUAUGUUAAUUUUAUUCAUUUUGAGUUUGCAUUCUCUCUUGGUUAUGCACUAUUUUUUGUACAAAUAUAGAAUUCCUUAGGAAUGGAUGUGUUUGUUACUGUGUUUCGGUGGUA